CCUUCUACUACUAGUAGUACGUCUCCCAGCGUCUCCCAAGUGCUACUCUGCGCAAAUACUCGACCCGAAAAUCGAAAAUUAGCUUCAAAUUUGUGUGAACGGGCACUACUCGGAUAUACAGGAAGAGUCAUGAUUCAUUUCUUCCGCACGCACGUAUCAUUAUCUCCUCAACGUCGACGCACACCAGGCCGUGUUGAUAUCAGGUUAGGUCAGCUUAUACAACCUUCAAGAUGAUCUUCUAGGUUGCUUCCAAAGCCCAAUCAACCUUGAACCGAUACCUUUAUACGUUUUCGUGGACAAAUCAUACAACAUCCUUUCCGCAAAUAGGAUUUAAUGAAGUUUAUCAUCUUCUUUGACUUCAUUAUGCUCACGGCGUACCAAGCUCGGUGUAUUCAUUUCAUUGCCUACAUAAAUGCUCCUUAUUGUGGCAGAUGCAUUUCCCGCGACGCCUUCCGUCGAGGUUCAUGGUGUGGAUGUGGAUCAGUUUUUUACUGCUGUUCGGAAUGUCUCACUAGGCAUUCACCUGUACACCGACCAAUGUGCAGACCAUUCAGCCCGAAGGAGGUUUGGGGCAUUAAAAUCAUUCAAAAUUGGAAUGACCCUCCCAGAAUUGGACAUCCUGCUGAUUAUUUCCGACAUGAGUUAUGUCGGGUUGACCCUGGCCGCUCUACUACCCAUCCGAUUUUCGAGAGAGGCGAAUUGUGUCCUCUUACGCAGAGAAUUUGGAUACCAUUGAGAAUCUACCGUACCAGUGUGAUGCGUGAAAGCUCCACCGCUGGACCUAAUGAGAUAGCGGUGAAACUGAGAGUCGAUCCAUCGAAUGGUCUUGCUCCAGCACGAUGGAGACUUACCGAUCACCCUGGAGAAUGUAUUGUGAUUCGUGAAGAUCGGAAGCCUCUCACAAGGGAGCUUCUCGAAACGAUAUACAGUUUUGUUGUACAUUUCAUGGACUAUCCCAUUGAUGAUGUGGAACAAGAAUCGUGGGCUCAGUGGGAUGGACUGUUGAACCCAUCCGUUUGGCACUUUUUUGCUAGGAAAUAUUAUCAGAAACAGUCUGAAGAAUCUGGCCGAAAUGCCUUUCAUUAUUUCUCUCCUUUGUUAUGCACUUGAACAAUACUUGUUUGUACGCGCAUGUUCGGAUUCAAGUCAUUACCUCUUUCAAGUUAGUAUCUAUUACAGUCCUUUGCGCGACAACAUCAUGCUCGUUUCCGCUCGAAGUCGCUCUGUUUGGAUUUACCAUUCGACGGUAUGAAACAGAUUGGGAAAGUUUGAUAACCAUGAAAAGUCAAAGGCCUUGAUCAAGA